AUCAUUAGUGGUGACGUGGAAUACCAGGAAAUGAUAAUUGGGGUGAAGUGAUGUGUUGGCAUGUUAGGGAGAAUUUGGUGGAAAAUAUAGCAAAUCUGUCAAUUAUCUCUUACAUGUUUGCAGACUGCAGACAGGCAACCUGAGAAUGCAGAAGCACCUUGAAUAAGCAACAAUAUUUCGACUUACUGAGUAGGUGAGGAUGGGGAGGAAGGAUGCAUGCGCUACAAUGGCCCCGGUCGACCAGUACCGGAAACAGAUCGGUAAACAAGACUACAAGAAGACCAAGUCAGCUCUGAAGUUGACGAAGUUGAAGGCUGAGGCGAAGAAGAGUGCUCCUGGAAUAAGGGAUGCUUUCCUGGUCGUCUUAGCCAUCCUGGUGUUCAUGCUCUGUGUGUAUGCGUUCUUCUACCUCAACCUGAGCACUGAACUGGAUAUGGACCUGGAUGUGGACUAAAGCAGGAGAGGACAACUUAACCUCGGGCUCGGGGUCUUGCUGGGCUGGGCUAUUGUCAGGCUCUGUCAACAUGGCAUGGCUCAUUGACUAUUGUCAGGCUCUGUCAACGUGGCUCUGGCUAUUGUCAGUCUCUGUCGGCAUGGCUCAUUGGCUAUUGUCAGUCUCUGUCAACGUGGCUCAUUGACUCAUCUUGGAUGCAAAUUUGACUCCAUUUUUUUUUUUUGUCUGAUUCCGUUUCAUUUUUUUCCUCAUUUCUGUUUUCUCCAUUCUGUUUUCCCUGGGUUUUUUAGGCUUUUUGUCAAAAUCACUUUUAUAGAACAUUCAGUUUUAGUUGUGGUCCAGAACGAUGCUUAAACCACGUCAGGAGACCACUUGAGGUCUGGGGAAAAUGGAUAAAUAUAUAAUUUUUCAAUGUAAGCGCACACCAGCAAUAGACUGUUUGAUAAGCGAUGAUACUGUAGCGUUCAUGUGAUGGCAGAGUUUGCAAAACAAUUGGCCACUGGAUUGUCGCGAUUGUCAUUCUGCCAAUUAGGCAUAGUCUACUUUUUGUAGUUAACAUUUAAUUGAUAAGUUGUUGUUUUUUUGGGGGGGGGAGCUUUAUCAUCUACCAAGAAGACUGUUGACAUUAGCAUCAUCUCUAACAGCUACACAGAGACACAUGCACGAACACAGACGGGGCUGUUGCCUCUUCAGAAAUAUGAAUCACUGAUGUGUUUUUAUUUCAUGUCUUUAUAUGAAUGAAUAUUAAUGAAUGUUAUAAGUUCAAUAAAUGUUGUAAUAUUGUUGAA